AUGAAUUAUUUAAUUAUUCCUGGAAUUGAUAAAUUUAAAACUAUUGAAAGUGAAACAAUGAAACAUAUAAAAGAAUUUACUGAAAUUACUACAGAACAUAAAAAAUAUGAUCAUGUUUUACCUUUAUCUAAUGUUAAUGAUAAUAAUAAUAAUCAUAAUCAUAACAUUGAUAAUGAUAAAAGUCAAUUUGAUAUAAAUAAGUUUAUCAAUUCAAAUGAGAAUAAGAUUAAUGAUUAUUCUGUUGAUUUAUCUAUGAAGAAUAAACAAACAGAAACUUUAUUAUCAAAUGAAAAGUUGAAUGAACUAAAUCAUCAAAAAUAUGAUAUUUCAUCUAGAAUGAAUCAGAAACAAGUAAAUAAUAGUGAUCUAUUGUUAUAUAGAUAUUCUCAUAAAGAACAAGAUGAAAUAGCUGCUGCUGCUGCUGCUGCUGCUGCUGCUGCUGCUGCUGCUGCUGCUGCUGCUAAUAAUAAUAAUAAUAAUAAUAAUAAUAAUAAUAAUAAUAACAAUCCGUAUGUGUCAAAGCAUGUUGAUAUUCAAUCAAAUGAAGAAUUUCUAUACAAUAAACAGAUAAUUAAAAGUCGUCAAUCUUCAAGUUAUAUUAUUCUUCGUCCACGUAAAAUAAAGUAG